UGGUGGUGAAUUUCACACCUUUCUUUUCUUUGUGAAGAAACCUGGGUGUUAAUGGUAAGGAAUUGGGUACCAUUGUAUGUCUGAGGCUGUCUGUUAGAAGAGCUGAGGGAUGCCAGUGGGGGGAAAAGUAAAAAGAGGUGAAGAAGAUACUGAAGAAAUUAGAAUUGGAGAGAGGUUAAGAAAUUAGUGAUUUGUUUUCUAGGAACCUAUCUUUUUAUUAUUUUAUUAGUCUAUGAGUAUUUUAAACAGUUUUCUAAAAUAUAAACCUAAAAGAAGCUUAAUAAUUAAAGGGUCAGGACCAGCUAAACAAAAGGAUUUUGAGUUUGGAGAAUUGGGCAUUUGGGAAAAAAUCAAUCAAGCCAAGAAUCUCUUUCUUGUGUUCUACAGGUAUACUUCUAACACAGCCAUGGAAACUUGGUCAGUUGAUCAGGUCUGCAGUUGGUUGGUGCAAAAAAAUUUAGGAGAACUAGUUCAUAGGUUUCGAGAGGAAGAAGUAAGUGGGGCUGCUCUCCUUGCACUGAAUGAUAGGAUGGUUCAGCAGCUAGUAAAGAAGAUUGGACAUCAAGCAGUUCUGAUGGACCUAAUUAAAAAAUACAAGCAAAAAACUGAGGAAUUGCCCCAACCUUCUACAAACUCCAGAGUGAUAACCCCAGCAAAACAAGCAGAAACAGUCCAUCACAGCAACCAGUUGGAGUCACCUUUUCAUACAAAUGAAAAUCUUGAUGUUGGACUAGUUGACCAAAGGGUGCUGAAACAAAGAAAAAACAUGAAACAGCUAGCAAGGAAUAAAGCACUACAGUGGACAAAAUCCUAUAUUUUACCGGACUUCCCAUAUGAUGUUAAAUGCAUGUUAACUGAGCAAAAGUGUCCAGAUCACAGCAUGAGAAUAAGGAUCAUUGAGUUUUUACAGGCAGAUAUGACAAAGUAUCUGGAAGGAUCAUUGUACCCAACUACCCAACAAUACAAUGAUGUUGUCAAUGCCCUCCUUCAGGCAUACCCAUUCCUUGAUGAAGAUGGCAAUGGUUUUUUUUUGUGGAAACGAGCGCUCAAAGAUCGCUUCAAAUAUGUUCGGAGGCCCAUAGAAGAUGAUGAACAGGUGAUAAGGAACAAAUGUAAAUUUGGCCACAGAAAAGGACAAACAAGGAAAUCUUUCACAGAAAUCAGAUGUGAAGAAAUUCAGAUUGUCCAAAUAAAAGAAGAAGAUGUUUAUUUAGAUUCUGAAGUAGAUGAACAUAUUAACUGGUUCCAUCAAGAAUAUGUCAAAGCCCAAAAGAACUGGGGAGAAAUUGACAACAGGAUGAGUCAGACUUUGGAAAUACGAAGAAAGAUGAUUAACAAUAAGACACCUUUGAAAGAAAUUCUCAAAAUGUUUCCUUUCUUGAAGUGUCCUUAUCAGCUGUUCAGAGAAUUCCAGCUACUCACCAGAACCGACAUUUAUAAGAAAACACAACAGAUUUUGGAGAUGUAUUCAGAAAACAUACUGACCUCUUUUUCAGGGGUGGAAAAUCCAGUGACUGCUCUGUUACAUGAGAGAAUGAAGCAGUUUACAGAUGAAGACAUUCUGAAAUAUAUGAAGAUGACAGCCACCUGUUUACUUCUACCACAUGUUUUUGGUGAUGAUCCCACCCUAUUUAUUGUUGUGAAUGAGGAGGUACAAGUACCGACACCAGUCUUAAAAGUUAAAAACCCUUUCAAUAUCAAUGCUUGUGAAUUUACUCUCUAUCUUGAAAAAGAAAAACUGAUCCAAGUGGAUGACUGCACUAUGGCCCUGGCAGCCCUCAUAGCUGCGUUUCAUGUGUUUGGUGUGCAAUAUCCCAGGAGAUUGUAUCACACCCUGAACUUUUUAGACACACUGAUAUUUGAUAUAAACAGUCCAAAUUUUCCUUCUAUUAGAGAAAUGGGAAAUAAUGAACUUCAACAUCCACUCAUUUAAUAACACCAAAAUAUUGUCUAAGGAAUGCCUGUGAAACUAUUUUUAAAAGAGAUCGAUUUGUUGUGUGGAGGGCAAGUGCCUAGAGUAUUGUUAAUUAUGUAUAUUUAUAUUAGAAAGUGUUCAUAAUAUUUGAGUUUUGUACCUCAUUCAUUUUUUUCUUAAAAUUUAAAUGAUUAAAGUAAUUUUUAUGACAUUGCAUACUUUAAUAGCUCUGAGAUCUCACUGAGAUGGGUCCAGAUUACAAGCUAUCUGAAAAUGCCUUCUCAUUUUAUGUAUUUCUUAUUUGUAUCUUUCUACAGGGAAUCCACACAUCUUUGUUUAGACUUUUCUUUCAGUGUAUUACUGAAUUAUUUAGAUUGUCUCAUCUUUAUUACUCCUUUAUUAUAUGACAAACACACCUCAGCAUGACAGAGGAAAGGGAGCUGGAUUUAGAAAUGGAGCACCUGAGUUUGAAUCCUGGUUUUUUUUUUUUUUUUUUAACUUACUAUCUGUGUGAUCUUGGAUAGCACUUAAUUUGUCUGGGACUCAUUUCCCUAUUCUCAAAGAAAUAUUUAUUAUAUUCAGGGUGAAUUUUAACCAAGCCUUUUGCUGUUAGAAUUAUAAAAGGAACUCCAAUGGCAUUGUGAUCUCAAUGAGGUGGGUAUUCUAUCCAAAGAUGGAUUGCCAUCGUCCACCUGUCAUCCCACAUGCCUGGUCAUGUUGUACCAUUCUUGUUUGUCCAUACCUUCCUUUGGGUUCACUACAGAGGGUUUGUGCAAUGGUCUUUCUUGAAGUUCUUGUGAUAUCAUGAGGAUUAUUGACUACUUAAAAGUUAGUACCCUCAUCACACGACCAUCAAUAGAAGAGGGACUGGAUCUGUGAUUUCACUUACAUUAGGAGCUCUCAGGGUCUUUAUCAAUGACCACCAUGUUUAGAUUCACAAAGCCAAUUAUGUAUGAGAUGAGACUUAAAGUCUUCCUAUUUCCAAAGCCUGCUCUCUCUUCUCUGACUGGUCCAGUCAUCUCCACUGAAGCCAUUUCUACCUUAAAUACAUUUUGUAUCAAGAUUUGCUUUUCUUUCUAUUCCUUCACUCUACCUAAGUGGUCAAGUGAACUUAUUUCAUUGGAAUCUGAUUCCUAUUUUAACAAUAAAUACACAAAAGAUCCUGGGCUGAGCUGUUGCUAUAUGCAAAAUUAAUCAUAUAAAUUUUAUGUCUACAUUAUACAUCAUAUCCUCAUUUACUAGAUUGUAAGCUCCCUGACAGCAGGCAUUAUGUUGUUUCAUCUUAGUAUCUCAUUGCUUUGCAUAUAUGAGAUGUUUAAUAAAUGUAUAUUAAAAUUGUAUUGAGGUCCUCUGUGUGUUACUUAAAUGAUUUACUUGGAUUUUAAACCAUUUCCUAGAAAUCUGACUGUCCCUGCUUCUCUUUUUUCACCCCUGUGUUAUUUUUUAAUUCU